GUUGCGUUCGGUUUUCGUUGUUUGAGAAUGCAAGUUCGUGUUUAAUAUUUCUUUUUUAUUACAUUAAUAAGAUAAAAUCAGUUGAGCGAUUACGAUUUAGUUACGUGUUUCGAGGUUCAACCAGUCAAAAUGCAAGACAUAGAAAGCGAACCUGCAAAAAAACGAAACAUAGAAGAAAAUAACGUAACCCCCAAUAAGAAGAAAGUGGUGGAAGUUAGCAUAAACGACAAAAACCCAAUAUCAGUUUUAAAUGAGCUACGACUAGGCUUAAAAUACAAUGUGUUGGAACAGGUUGGACCUUCUCACGCACCGAUAUUCAAAGUAUCUGUCGAAGUGGACGGACACACGUAUUUUGGCACAGGUGGUUCGAAAAAAAUCGCCAAAGCCAAGGCGGCCGAAGAGGCCCUAAAAUCCUUCAUUCAGUUUCCGAAUAACGGGAAAAUUAUUACAACCCACCAGAUCAUUAGUUCGGGGGAUUUUACUGCAGAUACUUUUGAAACCAAGAAAGUGAAAUCUAACGCACCAAAUGUGCCAAAGAAGGGGGUACUUAAAGCCCCUGUUAUGUAUUUGCACGAGUUGUAUCCCAACAGCAAAUUGGAUAUUGCUAGUAAUGAUGGAGAUCCAUAUGCAAGGUUUAAAGCUGUUAUUUCCAUUGAUAAUGAGAAAUACACUGGAACUGAUAAUGGCACAGUUAAGACAAAUAAAGAACUUAAGUUGAACACGACGGCAAAAAAUCCAAUUUCAGUGUUAAAUAAUUUAAAUCGGGACGUUAAGUACGAAUUAGUUAGCAAAGAAGGAGCCGCGCACGCCCCUUUGUACACGGUGUCGGUCGAAAUGGACGGCAAAAGGUACUUGGGGACGGGCCUGACGAAAAAGGCGGCGAAAUUGAAUGGGGCAAGUAAAGUCGUCGAAGCACUGAAAGUCGAAAAUGAAACGAGCGCUGAAAAUAGCGAAAAAAAUCGAAGAAAAUCCUGGCAGAAGUUUUUCGUCGACGGGAAGUGCAUCGUGAAUCCGGUGGCGGCGCUGAAUGAAAUACACCCGGGAAUCAAGUACGAGUUGGUAGAGAAAGAGGGCCCACCGCACGCGCCGCAAUUUACCCUGGCGGUCCAAGUAGGCGAGAGGGUUUACACCGGCACAGGGCCGUCUCUCAAAAGCGCCAAAGUCAAGGCGGCAAAGUCGGCUUUGAAUGAGUUUAUAGAACUGUUCAAGCUGAACAACAAUUUCAACGAAAACUCGGCAUCGAGCAGCGACAGCGAAGACUCCAAAGCCGAACCCUCCUUCAAUCCAGUCUCCGUACUGAACGAGCUAUGCACGGAUUUGGAGUUUGUAGAGGAGGCCGUGUCAGGGCCUCAGCACAGGCCCGAGUUCUUCAUAUCAGUUGCGGUGGGCGGGGUUAAGCACGUGGGUACAGGCGGAACGAAGCGAUUGGCCAAAGCGAACGCGGCGCAGGCGGCCUUGCUUCACAUGGCGCAGCUGCCGGAACACGAGCACAAGGUUGCCGCGCGGCUCGGCGCGCUCGGCAACCGCGCGCUCACCAAGAACGGGUGCGUGAAAAGGCCGCUGAUGCUCCUGUACGAGAUGUACCCGAGCAGCCAGUUCUCCGUCACGUACGACGGGUUCAGUCAGUUUUCUCGGUUCAAGGUCGAUUUGAUCGUUAACGAGCAACACUAUUUCGGUUGUGGUGCCAGCAAAAAGCUAGCGAAAAAUGCGGCUGCGACUAUUGCUUUAAGAAAAUUAAUCAAUUACCAACCCAAUUCAGAUAUAAGCCCCAAUUCUGAAUUCAAUGAUAUAUCUUCUGAGGAUCAAGAAUUAGCUGACACCAUUGGAAGAAUGAUAAACGACAAAUUUGCCGCUCUCAUGGAAAACGACAUGAACCACUCCAAAAGGAAAGUCUUAGCUGGUAUAGUGAUGACGCGCGAUGACGACUUGACGACGGCCAGCGUCAUCGCCGUCGCGACGGGCACCAAGUGCGUCUCGGGCGAGUACAUUAGCAUGAUGGGACUGUCGAUAAAUGACAUGCACGCCGAAAUUCUCAGCCGCAGAUGUCUGGUCAGCUUCUUCUACGCGGAACUCGAGAAAUUGCUCAAUCCAGAAGAAGCCGAAAAGUCCAUAUUCGCCCUGCGACCGGAAGGUUGCGGGUACAAGCUGAAGCCCGGCAUCAAGUUCCAUUUGUACAUUAGCACGGCCCCUUGCGGCGACGCGAGGAUAUUCAGCCCGCACGAGGAAAAUUCCGCCGUCGAUAAGCACCCCAACAGAAGUUCCAGGGGACUGUUGAGGACGAAAAUCGAGUCGGGAGAGGGAACUAUUCCGAUCAAAGGGAACACUAGUCAGACGUGGGAUGGAGUCAUACAGGGGGAAAGGUUGCUGACCAUGUCAUGUUCCGAUAAAUUAUGUAAAUGGAAUGUCCUAGGCGUACAAGGGGCCCUUUUAUCGCAUUUUAUUGAACCAGUAUACUUUAGUAACGUAAUCUUAGGAAGUUUAUUAAAAGAAACCCACUUGUUCAGAGCCAUCUGCGGCAGAAUCGAGAACACGCUGCAGGGGCUUCCCCCGCCGUACCUGCUGAACAGGCCGGGCAUGCUGCUGCUGUCGUUCAAGGAGAUCCGGCAGCCUUCGAAGGCGCCGAGUUUCGCGGUGCUGUGGCGGGCGGGCGAUCCCGCGCCGGAAGUGAUCGCGACGACCACCGGCAAGCCGGAAACGGGUCAUCCGAACGUGUGCAAGCAGCGGUUCGUGCACAAGUUCAAGAAUCUGGUGGGCCGGUUGAGCACGAUCACGGAUCUGAAAGACUGCCCCGCCACCUACUGCGAAACGAAGGAAUCCGCCAAAAACUACCACGUAGCAAAAAUAAGUUUGUACGAGGCAUUUAAGAAAAGCGGUUUGGGCUCUUGGGUCUCCAAGCCAGUGGAACAAGACAUGUUUGAAAUUUAGUCAAAAAAUUUUAAUCAUGCCUUAUUGACCUGGUUUCAAAUGUAACCUACAACAAGUAAAUCUCACGAUUUACCCUUUGUAGGUCAUGAGAGAUUUAAUUUUAUUCCUCUUAAGCUAAAAAAAAAGUCCUUUUAAUUUUGAGUACGUUAAUUAAAAGUUAGGUUUUACAAACACAAACUUUUUUUAUUAAAGAUACAUUUAAAGUAUUCAAAGACAUAGGUACCUAAGUUAACUACCUAAAUUUUAACUCUUCCAUCUACAUUGCUUAAAGUAAAUUAAAACUUUUCUGUAGAUAAUAAAAAGUAGUUAACGAUUGGAUCAAGACAACAAUAAUAAAGUUUAAUUUAUUUUAGUUUUUUACAAUAAUUUUUAAGUUCAAAACAAUGACUGUC